AGUAGUCGUUUAUCUUCGUCCGCCUUCUCUCCCACCCAAGAGCGAGCCACCACCCCAUGGAAGAUUCGAUGGAUAUGGACAUGAGCCCCCUCAGGCCCCAGAAAUAUCUUUUUGGUUGUGAACUAAAGGCUGACAAGGAUUAUCACUUUAAGGUGGAUAAUGAUGAAAAUGAGCACCAGUUAUCUUUAAGAACGGUCAGUUUAGGAGCUGGUGCAAAGGAUGAAUUGCACAUUGUUGAAGCAGAGGCAAUGAAUUAUGAAGGCAGUCCAAUUAAAGUCACACUGGCAACUUUGAAAAUGUCUGUACAGCCAACGGUUUCCCUUGGGGGCUUUGAAAUAACACCACCUGUGGUCUUACAGUUGAAAUGUGGUUCAGGGUCUGUGCACAUUAGUGGACAGCACUUAGUAGCUGUGGAGGAAGAUGCAGAGUCAGAAGAUGAAGAGGAAGAGGACGUGAAACUCCUUAGUAUAUCUGGAAAGUGUUCUGCCCCUGGAAGUGGUAGCAAGUUUCCUCAGAAAAAAGUAAAACUUGCUGCUGAUGAAGAUGAUGAUGAAGAUGAUGAUGAUGACAAUGAUGACGAAGAUGAUGAUGAUGAUGAUUUUGAUGAUAAGGAAGCUGAAGAAAAGACUCCAGUAAAGAAAUCUAUACGAGAUACUCCAGCCAAAAAUGCAAAGAAGUCAAACCAGAAUGGAAAAGACUCAAAACCGUCAACACCAAGAACAAAAGGUCAAGAAUCUUUCAAAAAACAGGAAAAGACUCCCAAGACACCGAAAGGACCUAGUUCUGUAGAAGACAUUAAAGUAAAAAUGCAAGCAAGUAUAGAAAAAGCGAAUUGAACAGUCCUGGGCACUACUGGUAAAUUAAGCCCAAAGCUGGGGAGAGAGGAAAAGGAGAGACAAAUAUAGUCCAUACUGACUGUCAUCAACAAUCCAGACUAAAGUUUCAAAUUCCCU